AUGCCACAUGGUCUAAGUGAACAGUCUUCCCUGGUUAUUAGUAAAGAAAUAGAUGGUAAAAUAAAUGGAAUCCCAAGUUUAGAAGAGGAAGCUCAGUCUUUUUCUCAGUUUGUUACUUCUGGAGAAUCUGCGCAUAUUAGAGCCAAGUUAACACAGAUCAGAAGGUACUGGGAAGAGCUUCGAGAUCAUGCACACUGUCUGGAAGGAAUAAUUGCAGGGAACGCAUCACAGCAGCAGAAAUAUGAAGAAAAUCUCAAUCAGGUGCAGCAGGCUGUGUCUAGAUUUGAAGCUAAACUGGCUGAGCCAGCUACUUCAUGUUUUUCAUCAGCAGAUACUUACAAAGCUCUUCAAGAUCACAUGGAUCUCUGCCAGGCUGUGGGGAAAUUGAACAACACUGUGACCUCCCUCUUAGCCUCUGCUCAUAAGGUCACCAACAAAGAAAAAGCUAUUCAGGAGGUUACAGUGUUACAGGAGAGAUAUGAAAAGCUGCUAGGAAGAGCUAAAGAGAAACAAACCUUACUAGAGACUCUGCUAGCACAGUGGCAGAGGCAGGAGAAGGACCUAUCUAUCUUCCUGACCUGGUUAGAGAGAUGUGAAACUGCAGCCAGACCUCCAGACCAGUAUGUUUCCGCUGAUAGAGUCAAACUGGAAGGUGAAUUACAGUCAGUACAGGAUUUGCAAGCUGAUAUUACAUCCCAUGCUUCACUGUAUACCAGCCUAUUACAGUUAAAUGAGUCACUGUUCACAACAGCUUCUGAAGAAAGCGUGAAAGCCAUGAAACAAGAGUUCAAAGAGCUGGAUGGGAGAUGGAAAGCUUUACCACAGACUGUUAUCAAGAGGAUCAGUUUCCUUCAGUCUCUUGUUGCUGAACAUGGGGAGUUUGAUGAACUGCUGCUCAGUUUUUCAGAAUGGAUUAACCAGUUUCUUGGUGAAUUGCAAAAUACUUCUGAGAUAAACACAGCUGAUCAGCACCCAGCUGUAUGCCGCAAUCAGGACCACUCUAUGGAAGUGGAAAGCAAGAAACAGGAACUUCAAAGUCUGAGGGAACAUGUAGAAAAGCUGUGUUCUUUUAGUCGCCCAGAGGAGCACCACAUGCUACAGGGGAAGGCUGAAGACUGCAUCCUGCUAUUCCAGGAGGCCAGUCAAAUAACCAGCCGAAGACAAGAGGCUCUGAAUCAGCUUGGGGUGUUCCUAGAGUUACAUGCUGCUGCAUCAAGUGUGCUUCAUCACCUGAGGCAGACAGUAGAGACUACUGGAAACAUGGAUAAGGCUAAAUCGGAACUGCUGGAGAAAGAACUGAGGGAUGUUGUUCAAGAUAUUAACAAAUUAGCACCUGCAGCAAUCACUUUGGAUGGAGCCCUUACAAAAGCACAAUAUCAUCUAAGACAUGGAAGUUCUGAGCAGAGGUCAUCCUGUAGGGCUAUGGCUGAUAAUCUGUGCUUAGAACUGGAGUCAGUCCAAAAUCUGUUGGGAACCAAACAGAGUGAAGCAGAAGCCCUUGGAGCCUUACAGAAGUCUUUCAUGGAGCGUAAAGAACAGAUGUUAAAGAGCAUUGAAGAUAUUGAGGAAAGAGCUGACAAAGAAGGAUUGAAGGAGCCAACACUUCAGGCAUUACAACAAAGAUUAAAGAUCUUUAACCAACUAGAGGAUGAACUGAAUUCAUACCAGCAUGAACUGCAGUGGUUGAUGGACAAAGCAAAACAAAUGGCCCAAAAGGAUAUAACAUUAGCGCCUGAAAUUGACAAAGAGAUAAAUCGUUUGGAAGCUACCUGGGAGGAUACCAAGAAACUAAUCCAUGAAAAACAGGAGCAGUGCCGCGUCCUGGUUGAUUUGAUGAAAGAAUAUCAGAGUUUGAAAUCGGCAGUAACUAAAGUCAUAGAGAAUGGUGACAAUGUGACUAUGACCAAAUCAAUUUUGAAGGAUCAGGAGGAUAUCAGAAGAGCUUUAUCAAAGCAUGAAGCUGUCAAGAAUGAACUAAAUGACAGACAGAAAGAGCUGGAUGCCUUCACUAAUAAAGGAAAACACUUGCUAGCAGAGCUGAAGAGAAUUCAUAACUGUGAUCCCAUGCUGGUGAAAACAGAUAUGAACAGUACUGUGGACAAAUGGCUGGAUGUGUCAGAGAGGACUGAAGACAAUGUAGAAAAGUUGAGUGUAAGCGUGUCUCUAUGGGAUGAUGUGCUCACCAUUGGAGAUGAAAUUGAUGCAUGGUGCAGUAAUGCCAUCUCUCAAUUGAAUGAAGGUAUCAGCAACCUGAACAGCAGCCAGAAAAUGGAGGCCUUCCUGAAGGAAUUUCAGUCUGAAGUUUUAAAUAAAGGACAGAAGUUGGAGCAGCUUAGUUCAAAAGUUUCAGAUCUCAAAGAACUGACCAAUAGUCAAGAGUCAACUGCAGAUCUUCAGUUCCUAGAAGCAGAUUUAAGGCAAAAACUGGAACAUGCCAAAGAAAUGUCUGAGACAGCAAAAGAGACACUGGAAGAUUUCAGUGCUCAGAAGAUGCAGUUACUAAAGUUUAUAGAUCACAUGACAGACUGGCUCACAAAAGUAGAAGAAUCUCUGUUAAACUGUGCUUGUAACCAAGAUCCCAAGAGUUUAGGUAAAGUGAAGGAAACACAAAAAGAGCUUCAGCUCCAGCAGAGCAGCAUCGAUUCGACUCAGGAGAACCUCAAUAGCCUGUGCCGCAAGUACCACACAGUGGAACUGGAGACUCUGGCUUGCACUGUCACUUCACUGAUACAGAAGUAUGAAGCUGUGACCCAACUGUGUUCCAGAACGCAGGCCAGCAUGCAGGAGUCCCUGGAGAAACACGUCCUCACUUCGAUGCAGGAAUUCCAGGAGUGGUUUUCUGGGAUGAAGGAAGCAGUAAAAGAGUCGUCUGAUAGGUCUGGGGACAGCAAAGCCAUAGAAGCAAAGCUACAUGAUUUGCAGAGAGUGUUGGACUCGAUUAGUGAGGGACAGAACAAACUAGAUGCUGUCUCCAAGCAAGGAGAAAAUGUGUAUGCUUAUUUACCCAAACCAGUUGUGAGCAGUAUCCAGGAGCAGAUAGCAAAGUCACACCAAGACUUCCAGGGGUUCCUGAAACAAUGCCUGAAAGAUAAAGAGGCUCUGGAAGACUGUGCCUUAGAACUGGGAAGCUUUGAGGAUCAGCACAAGAAACUGACCCUGUGGAUCCAUGAAAUGGAGGAAAGGAUAAGUACUGAAGCACUAGGAGAGAGCAAACAGCACAUCCCAGAGAAGAAAAAUGAGGUGCAGAAAGUGGAAAAUUUUCUUGAAGAGUUACUGGCUGCAAGAGAAUCCUUUGCUAAACUUUCCCAGAGGGCUCAAGCUUUAAAUGAAGAAGGACAUGGUGCUGGGAGGGAAGUACGUCUGGCUUCGCAAAACCUCACCAGCUAUCAAAACCUAGUCAAAACUGUCAAGGAGAAGUUGCGAACAUGUCAGGUUGCCCUCCAGGAGCAUCAAGCCUUGGAGGAAGCACUGCAGAGUAUGUGGUCCUGGGUGAAAGAUGUUCAAGAUAAGCUGGCUUCUGCAAAGAGCACUGUCGGCAGCAAAGCCACAUUAGAGAGGCGGCUGAUGCAAAUUCAGGAGAUCCUUUUAAUGAAAGGUGAAGGUGAAGUUAAAUUGAACAUGGCCAUUGGUAAAGGCGAACAAGCCCUUAGAAGCAGUAAUGAGGAAGGGCAGAAGAUGAUACAGACCCAACUACAAACGUUAAAGGAUGUAUGGAAUGAUAUCAUCAACACUUCAAUGAGCUAUCAGAGCUGUUUGGAGUCUGUGAUUAGGCAGUGGAAUGACCAUCUGGAGAGGAAAAGCCAGCUCGACCAGUGGUUGGAGUCAGUGGAUCACAAAAUUGAACAGCCUUUACAGACCCAGAUAGGUCUGAAAGAGAAGUUUUCUCAACUGGAUCACUUCCAGGCUAUCGUUUCUGAUAUAGAGGAUCACUCUAGUGACCUGCAUCAACUCACUGAACAAGCCAAGGAACUAUAUGAGAAAACUGAGGAUGCUUCUAUCAGGGAAGCAGCUGAAGAGGAACUGAAAACACAGUUUAGUGACAUCACCACUGUGGCCAAGGAGAAAAUGAGGAAAGUAGAAGACAUUGUGAAGGACCAUUUGCUAUACCUUGAUGCCAUCCACGAAUUCACAGACUGGCUCCAUUCUGCAAAGGAAGAGCUGCACCGCUGGUCAGAUGCAUCUGGAGAUACAUCAGCCAUACAGAAAAAACUAGCCAAAAUUAAGGAGCUGAUAGAUUCCAGGCAGAUUGGUGCAAGCCGCCUAAGCAAAGUUGAGACACUGGCUCCUGCAGUGAAACAGAACACAACUCCCAGUGGGUGUGAACUGCUAGAUGCGGAGAUGCAGGCCCUGCAGUCGGACUGGAAGCAGUGGGAAGAGAGCAUAUUUCAAACCCAAAACAACUUGGAGGAUAUAGUUAGCCAAAUGGCCUCCUCGGAGCAGGAGUUCACAGCACAGGCUGCUCAGCUGGAAAAAGCCCUGAAACAGUUCACCACGCUUCUUACAGCCUGUUCUCAAAAGCUGACCCUUCUGGACGGCACGCAAACUGAUAAAGAAAUAAUUGAAUGCUGGCACCAAGAAAAAGAAACUCUGGAUGCUCUAACAAAGGCAGAGACUAUGACAGAAGAGCUCAAGACUCAGUUAAAUGAUCUUUGUAGAUUUUCCAGGGAUUUGAGUACCUAUUCUGCAAAAGUUUCAGGGUUAAUUAAAGAGUACAAUAGCCUCUGUCUACAAGCUUCAAAGGGCUGUCAGACUAAAGAGCAGGUUUUGCAGCAGAGAUUCCGGACAGCUUUCAGGGAUUUCCAACAGUGGCUGGUCAGUUCAAAAAUCACCACCGCCAAAUGUUUUGACAUGCCUCAAAAUAUCAAUGAAGCACUGGCAAGUCUACAGAAAAUACAGGAAUCCUUAUCUGAAAGUGAAAAUGGCCAGCAUAAACUAAACAUUGUGGUGUUCAAGGGAGAACUGGUGAGCACUAUUCUGCCCCAAGAAAAGGCUAAAGUUAUCCAGGCUAAAGUUGUUACUGCUAAAGAAGACUGGAAAAAUUUUCUCUCCACCCUGCACCAGAAGGAAUAUGCUUUGGAGAACUUAAAGAUCCAGAUGAAGGACUUUGAAGCAAAUGCUGAGCCUCUCCAGGACUGGCUGAACACAACUGAGAAGAUGGUGCAAGAAAGCAGUAGUCGACUUCAUGACCUCCCUGCAAAGAGGAGAGAACAACAAAAGUUACAGUCUGUCCUUGAGGAAAUAAGCUGCCACGAGCCUCAGCUCAACAGGCUAAAAGAAAAAGCUCAGCAGCUGUGGGAGGAGCAAGCUGCCAGCAAAAGCUUUAUGCGCAGAGUGUCUCAGCUAUCUUCUCAAUACCUAGCUCUAAGCAAUCUAACCAAGGAAAAAGUUUCCAGAAUGGAUAGGAUUGUUGCAGAGCACCAUCAGUUCUCUCAUGGCAUGAAAGAACUCCAGGACUGGACGGCUGAUGCAGUUCAUAUGCUGGAAUCUUACUGUCUCCCUACAGCAGACAAAAGUGUUCUAGACAGCAGAAUGUUAAAGCUGGAGGGACUGUUAUCGGUGAAGCAGGAGAAGGAAAUCGAGAUGAAAAUGAUGUUGACAAGAGGAGAAUCUGUUCUGCAAAACACUUCUCCAGAGGGAGUGCCUGUCAUUGAACAACAGUUACAGACGCUUAAGGAAACGUGGGCUUCUCUCUUGUCCUCUUGCAUUCACUGUAAAAGUCAGCUGGACGGAGCACUGUCCAAGUGGACAAGUUACCAGGAUGAUGUUCGUAAAUUUUCCAGCUGGAUGGACAAAGUAGAAGCGAGCAUGAAUGCUUCUGAGAGACAGUGUGCAGAACUGAGGGAAAAAACAGCUGUCCUCAGCAAAGCAAGGUUACUCAGUGAAGAAGUGUUGAGUCACAACAGCCUACUAGAGACUAUUGAAGCAAAAGGCACUGGCAUGACUGAGCAUUAUGUAACCCAGCUUGAACUCCAGGACCUCCAAGAACGAUACAGGUUCCUCAAAGACAGGACAAUGGAGGCUGUAAGCAAAUCUGAGAAACUGCUUCACUUACAUCAUGAGUACCAAAGAAAACUGAAGGCCUUUGAAAUAUGGCUGGAAAAAGAACAGGAAAAACUUGAAUGUUUAUCAUAUCUUGAAGGUGAUGCUCAGACACAUGAGUCAACACUCCGGGACCUACAGGAACUACAGGUCAAUUGUGCAGAGGGACAGGCAUUACUAAAUGCAGCGCUCCAUGGCAGGGAGGACGUGAUACCUUGGGGCAUACCCCAGAUAGAAGACAGAGCACUGGAGUCCAUGCGACAGGAUUGGCAAGUUUACCAGCACAGGCUUUCUGAGGCCAGGACCCAGCUAAACACUACUCUAAACAGACUGAGGUUAAUGGAGAAAAAGUUUCAGAAGGUAGAUGACUGGCUUAAGACCCUGGAGGAGAAAGUUAAUAUCAGGACUGGCCGGCAGUCUGACAGAGCAACAAAGGAGAUGCAACUACAGCAAAUGAAGAAGUGGCAUGAAGAAAUAACAAUCUACAAAGAUGAUGUUGAGGAAGUUGGGGUAUUAGCUCAGCAAAUCCUGGAGGAAAGUCAUACUACCAGUAGAAUGGGAAAUCAAGCUACCCAGCUCACCUCUCGGUACCAAGCUCUUAUCCUUCAUGUACUGGAACAAAUAAAGUUCCUGGAAGAAGAGAUUCGAAGUAUGGAGGAGUCAGAAUUAGCUUUCUGCACUUACACAGAUUGGUAUGGAGCCACUAGUCAGAACUUUAAAAAUGUGAUAACCAAGACUGAUGUAGUGGAUAAAACAGCCAUGGAGAAGAAAAUGCAGAAACUGGAGCUUCUUUUGAGUGACAUGGAUGUAGGCCACAAUUUGCUGAAAUCUGCCCGUGAGAAAGGUGAUCGGGCUAUUAAAUACAUGGAAGGAAAUAAAGCUGACCAGUUAAGGAAAGAGAUCAGUGAUUACAUGGAGCAGCUUGAAGAGCUGGCCAGCUCUAUCAGGAAGGAGCAUAUGACCUUAGAGAAGUGUCUACAGUUGUCAAAGGAAUUCUCAGACAAGUACAAGGCACAGACUCAGUGGCUUACAGAGUACCAAGCCAUAUUGCGCACACAAGUGGAGCCCAAAACUGAAUUCUAUGAGAAGAAGGCCCAGUUAUCCAAAUACAAGUCAAUACAACAGACGGUGCUGUCCCAUGAGCCUUCGAUAAAAUCAGUGACUGAAAAAGGAGAAGCCCUUCUUGAACUUGUGCAUGACGUUACUUUAGGGGACAAAAUUCAGAAACUUCAGGCCAAUUACCAGGAACUCUGCAAUGCGGCAAAGGCACAUGCUGAAAGCUUGGAGGUGAAAGUAAAAGAGCAUGAAGAUUAUAACAGUGACUUACAAGAAGUGGAAAAGUGGUUGUUACAGAUGUCCAGCAGGCUGGUCACUCCUGACCUUAUGGAAAGUAGCAGUGUAGAAAUAAUAACUCAGCAACUAGCCAACCACAAGGCAAUGAUGGAAGAGAUUGCAGGAUUUGAAGACCAUUUGAACAGCCUUAAAAAUAAAGGUGACUAUUUGAUCAAUCAAUGUGCAGAACAUCUUCAAGCAAAAUUUAGGCAAAACACACAAACCCAUCUGCAGGGGACAAGAGACAGUUAUUCAGCCAUUUGUAGCACAGCUCAGAGAGUGUACCAGAGUUUGGAACAUGAACUCCAGAAGCAUGUUAACCAUCAGGAUACUCUACAACAGUGUCAGGCUUGGCUCUCUACAGUUCAGCCAGAGUUAAAACCAAGCAUGUGGCCACCUUUCAGCCUGGCAGAUGCAGUUAAGCAGGUUAAACAUUUCCGAGCUCUGCAGGAACAGGCAAGCACAUACUUGGAUCUCUUGUGCUCUAUGUGUGAUUUGUCAGACACCAGAGUGAAGAAUACAGCAACAGACAUUCAGCAAACAAAGCAAACGAUCGAGCAGCAGAUAAUGCACUCACAGUACCUGGCUCAGGGUUGGGAAGAGAUAAAACAAAUGAAGGCUGAGCUUUGGAUAUAUUUCCAGGAUGCAGACCACCAACUACAGAAUAUGAAGAGGAGAUGGGCAGAACUGGAACUAAACGUUGCCCAGAACAUGGUUUUGCAGGUUAAGGAAUUCAGUCAGAAGCUGCAUUCUAAAGAGGCAGCUCUUACCGCUGUGACUGAAAAGGUGAAUAGACUAACACAAGGACAGGAGUCUCCUGAGCAUAAGGAGAUAGGUCACUUCAGCAACCAGUGGCUGGACCUCUGCCUUCAGGCAAACAAUUUGCUCACACAGCGGGAGGAGGAUCUUCAGAGGACAAGGGAUUACCAUGAUCGCAUGAAUGUAGUAGAAAUCUUCUUGCAAAAGUUUACAAAAGAAUGGGACAACCUGGCCAGAUCAGAUGCUGAGAGUACGACUGUACACCUUGAGGCACUGAAAAACUUAGCAUUGGCUCUGCAGGAGAGGAGAUUUGCCCUUGAAGACCUGAAAGACCAGAAACAGAAAAUGCUGGAACAUCUGAAUCUAGAUGACAAAGAAUUAGUGAAAGAGCAAACUGGUCAUUUUGAACAACGCUGGUCUCAGCUGGAGGACCUAGUCAAGAAAAAAAUCCAGGUUUCUGUCACAACCUUAGAGGAACUGAGUUUGGUGCAUUCUAAGUUUCAGGAACUAAUGGAGUGGGCAGAAGAGCAGCAGCCUAGCCUCUCUGAGGCUCUUAAACAAAGCCCUCCUCCAGACCUAGCUCAGAGCCAUCUCAUGGAUCAUCUCACCAUUUGCAGUGCAUUGGAAGCCAAACAGGUUGUUCUCAAAGCACUUAUAAAGGAUGCUGAUAGGGUGAUGACUAAUCUUGGCCUCAAUGAAAGGCAGAUCCUCCAGAAGUCCCUUUCAGAUGCACAGAAUCACAUGGAUUGUCUUAGUGAUCUGGUUGGCCAGAGGAGAAAAUACCUGAAUAAGGCAUUAUCUGAAAAGACUCAGUUCCUCAUGGCAGCUUUUCAAGCUACAAACCAAAUUCAGCAACAUGAGAAAAAGGUAAUGUUCCAUGAACAUAUCUGUCUGUUGCCAGAAGAUGUGAGCAAACAGAUCAGGACUUGUAAGAAUGCCCAAGCUAGCCUGAAGGCCUAUCAGAGUGAAAUAACUGGGCUGUGGGCUCAGGGAAGGGAUUUAAUGAAAGAAACAAUGGAACAAGAAAAAAGUGAGGUGUUAAACAGACUCCAGGAAUUACAGAAUGUGUAUGACACUGUUUUACAAAAGUGUAGCCAACGACUGGUAGAACUGGAGAAAAAUAUGGUUUCCAGGAAAUAUUUCAAGGAAGAUUUGGAUAAAGCUUCUCAUUGGAUAAAACAAGCUGAUAUUGUCACAUUUCCAGAAAUCAAUUUAAUGAAUAGUAACUCUGAAUUGUACUCACAGCUGGCAAAGUAUCAGCAGAUUCUUGAGCAGUCUCCUGAAUAUGAAAAUCUUUUACUUACACUGGAAAGAGAUGGUCAGGAGAUCUUGCCAUCACUUAAUGAAGUGGAUCAUUCUUACCUGGAUGAAAAACUGAAUGCCCUGCCACAGCAAUUUAAUACUGUCAUUGCCUUAGCCAAAGAUAAGUUCUAUAAGGUUCAGGAAGCAAUUCAUGCUCGCAAAGAAUAUGCUUUAUUGAUUGAGUUGACAACUAAGGCUCUAAAUGAACUGGAAGAUCAGUUUUUAAGCAUGAACAAAGCUCCUGUGGCCCUUUUAUCCAAAGAGGGUGUGUCACUCCAGCAGGAUUACAAAGCUCUCUUAGGUGAAGUGGUGAACCUUGGUGCAGCAAUGGAUGAAUUGAACCAGAAGAAGGAGGCUUUUCGAAGCACUGGCCAACCAUGGAAACCUGAAGAGAUGUUAAAACUCACCACCCUGUAUCACAAGCUGAAAAGGCAAAUAGAACAGAGAAUUAAUCUUUUGGAAGACACUAUAGAGGCCUACAAGGAACACGAGGAAAUGUGCCUGCAGCUUGAGACACAAUUAGAGGCAGUAAAGAGAGAGCAGAUGAAAGUGAAUGAAGAAACACUCCCAGCAGAGGAGAAGCUGAAAAGCUACCAUUCUCUGGCUGGCAGCCUGCAAGAGACAGGGAUUCUUUUGAAGCGAGUUACUGAACAUCUGGAAGCACUUUGUCCUCAGCUUGACCCAUCCACAUAUGAGAUGGCAAAUCAUCAGGUACAGUCUUGGCAAGAGAAAAUGAAGUUGUUGCAUGCUGCCAUUGAUGACACAGUGAUGGAGUGUGAAAACAGGCUGGUGCAAAGCAUAGAUUUCCAGACUGAGAUCUGCCGUUCACUUGACUGGCUGAGAUGGGUGAAAGCAGAACUUAAUGGAACAUUAAGCUUGGACCCAAAACUACAAAACAUUCAGGAAGAGAUCCGAAAGGUUCAGAUUCAUCAGGAAGAAGUGCAGUCAAGCCUGAGAAUAAUGAAUGCGCUGAACCGUAAAGAAAAGGAGAAGUACAUAAAGGCUAAAGAACUGAUACCUGCCGACUUGGAGAACAGCCUCGCUGAGCUAUCGGAACUAGAUGGUGAAGUUCAAGAAGCCAUUCAUGAGAGGCAGGCUGUUUUGACUAAACUCUAUAGCCUAUGCCAAAGGUACUACCAAGUGAUACAAACAGCUGGUGACUGGCUUGAGGAUGCCCAGCAAUUGCUACAUUUGGCAAGGAAUGGUCUGGAUGUGGAGAGCUCUGAGGAGAACCUGAGGAAUCACAGUGAAUUUUUCAGCACAGAAAACCAAUUCCUUGGUCAUCUGGAGGAGCUACAAGCCCUGGUGUCUGAGAUGGAACCGUUUAUCCAGGCCACAGCAAGAGAGGAGCUGUUACAUUCUGUAACUGUUUUAGAAGAAAAGGGCAAGGGAACCAAGCAAGAAUCUGAAACCCAGCAGGAUCAACUGCAGAAGCAUACAUCUCAGUGGCAGGAGUACCAAACAGCAAGACAGCAGGUUAUUGAAUUGAUGAAUGAGGCUGAGGAGAAAUUAUCUGAAUUCUCUAUAGCCAAGGCUCCUUCUGGUCAUGAAGCAGAAGAGAAAUUGUUAGCACAUAAGUCCCUGGUGUCUAUGGUAAACGCCUUCCAUGAGAAGAUCACAGCUCUGGAGGAAAAGGCCUCUCAGCUGGAAAAAAUCGGAAAUGAUGCCAGUAAGGCAACCAUAAGCAGGUCAAUGACAACUGUCUGGCAGCGCUGGGCACGGCUCCGGAGCAUGGCCCAAGAGCAGGAGAAGAUAUUGGAAGAUGCAGUGCAGAAGUGGAAAUGCUUUAAUGAUAAGAUUCAAAAAGCCACCAUAAUGAUAGAUCAGCUACAAGGUCGCUUACCAGAGAGCUCAGUUGAGAAGGCAUCAAAGACAGAGCUUCUGGAUCUUCUGGGUUACCACAGCACUUUCAUUCUGGAGCUGGAACAGCAGCUGUCAUCUUUGGGUCUGCUCAAGCAACAUGCAGUGAGCAUGCUCCAGGAUGUGGAAAUGGAGACUUCUUCUCAAGAGGAUCUACCAUUCAUGCAAGAAAUCAAAGCAAUGCAAGACCGAUGCCACAACAUGCAACAGAAGGUGAAGAAAAGUGGGAAGUUGGUGAAACAGGAACUCAAGGAGCGUGAGGAGGUGGAGCUAGAGAUUAAUAUAGUGAAGUCUUGGAUUCAGGAAACUAGAGAAUAUUUGCCAAACCCCACCAUGGAAAUAGAUGCUCAACUUGAGGAGUUGCAGGCUCUCCUCAGUGAAGUAACUACUCACCGCCAAGCUGUUGAGAAAAUGGCUGAACAGCAGCAGAAUAAGUACCUGGGGCUUUACACCAUUUUACCUUCUGAACUGUCUCUUCAGUUAGCAGAAGUGGGACUGGCCCUGGUAACUAUACAUGACCAGAUUCAAGCCAAAGAGAAGGAAGUCCAGCAGAGCAAAACAUUAAACCAAGAGUUUGGUCAGAAAAUCCAGGUGAUAGCAAAAGAACUAAAUGUAAUUCUGUCCAAGCUGAAGGAGAAGACCAAUAAUAUAGCACAAGCUAAAAUAGAGCAAAAGAUCCUAGGUGAGGAAUUGGACAGCUGCAAUAUAAAGCUGGUGGAACUGGACGCAUCUGUACAAGAUUUCGCAGAGCAGAACAAUCAGCUGGCUAAACAGCUGGCUAAUAGGAUAGGGAAACUGACUGGGUUACACCAACAGACCAUUAGACAGGCUGAGUACAGAGCAGCCAAACUCAACCAGGCUGCUUCACACUUGGAAGAAUACAGUGAGAUGCUGGAGUUCAUACUGAAAUGGAUCGAGAAAGCUAAAAGUCUAGUGCAUGGUAGCAUCACAUGGAAUUCUGCCUCCCAGCUUCGUGACCAGUUUAUGGCAUAUCAGGUGACUAUAUGA